GGCAACAUUUCUCAAGGCGAAUUAUGAAUUUGCAAAACUAGAAGGCAUUUAUCUUGCUUUUUUCACUGUGCACUGGAUUGUAUGGUCCACCUGGCGAGUGGUUCUAUAAAAGCCUACCAACUGAUAACUCUGUGUCGAGUGUAAGCAUUCAGCCAUACAAUGUCGCUUAAAGUGGUGUGUGUUCUUCUUGUACUGCUUGUCUCGUAUGCGGAUGGACAGAUUUAUGUCAAUCCCCGCAGUCGGCUCGCAUGGAGAGCAGCAAGUACCUGUGCUAAAGCAAUUGUGCAUCCGGCGAAACCGCAUGGCAGAAUUUUUGCUGCUAAACGUGACCUGACGGGAUCUUUGUUUACCGUAACAGUGUCGUUCAGUAUCAACGUUCCCCCUCCGUGGAGGUUUUGUUUGGGAAUGGUGCGUUUUGAUGGUCCUACUGUAGGACCGUGCGCCCCUCGCAUAUGUUUUUAGUAAAUUGUCAAUUUAUGUCUUUUCUCUCAAAUUUUCUUGAAUACUUUCUCCUUUAACUUACACUGUACACUGCUUUAACUUACCUAAUACACCUUCUUACUCAUUUA